AUGAAGUCCUGGAACAACUAUCCCGUCAACCAGCGGUGGCUUCGGAUCACGCUGGUUUCUUUUCUUCUUGUCUCAAUAUUUAUGUUCCUCGGCACCCAGAGUGAGAUUGUACAUCGGAGGUUCGGAAAGAUGCCCUCACAAGAUAUCGUUGGAAACAAGGGCUCCAAGUCUGUUGAAGAAAAGUUGUUUUUCCUAGACAUAUCACUGAUUCUGGAUGGUUUGUCUGCUGAAGAGAAGCCGGUUGAUCUAGCGCCGUCGUCUGCUGUGGAGAAAUUGGCUGUUCCCGCACCAUCACCUGCCGUCGAGGAGGAGCCGCCUGAUGGGAAACUAUGGGAAUUACAACCCGUGGAUGAAACGAAUACACCAGAAACACCGCUGGAGGGGAUGACUGUCGAGGAGACAACUGCACAAGAAACACCCGCCGAGUCCAUGCCACCUAUACCAACGCCACCGCCAUACAAGUUAGCGACAGAGGAAGCAAGCCAGGAUAUGAAGUAUGCAUACUUGAUCUUCAUGUCGCAAACUCUGGAUGUAAGCAAAGAUCUAGAAAAGGAUAAUUAUUUUGUCGCAGCGCGCAUCCUGGUGUGGCAGCUGGUGCACAAUCCGAGCACGCGAACAAAGCACGAUGUGAUUGUCAUGGUUACACCUAAUGUGUCGCAAUCGAGACGGGACCGGCUCAAGAGAGAUGGCGCAAUUGUGCAUGCGGUUGACUUUCUCCACACACCAAAUGACGGAUGGCUGAAGCCUGAGGUCCAUCGUUGGGACGAUGUCGUGACUAAAAUGCGUGCGUGGGAACUGACGCUGGAUCCAGUGUUUGACGAUCCGGCCGUUCAUCUGCUUGCGACAGAGCCCUCAAACACUACUACAAACACGACGUUGCCCUCGACGUACCUUGUCGCAUCCAACUCCGAAGUGUGGGAUUCGACUCAUUCGUUUCCUCCAACCCAUGGCACGGGCUUGAAGAAGCCAGGACAUAUGAACGCGGGCUUCUUCAUUCUCGCACCUUCACUUACUGCCUUUGAGUACUACAAGUCGCUGAUGGAUACACCUUAUUCAUUUAACCCAAAAUAUCCCGAGCAAAAUCUCAUCAACUAUGCGCAUCGAUGGGACGGCCCCAUGCCCUGGCGCGAACUGGCCUACACAUGGAACAUCCGCUGUCCAAAUGACCAGGAUAUUGAAAAGGGUUUGUACAGUGUGCAUGAAAAGUGGUGGAAAUGUUUGUUCGGGCAUCCGGCUCGCGAGCAGCCUAUGCGUCUAUAG